UGUAUAUAUGUAUGUACAUAUACAUUGUAAAUUGGAAGAAGGAUCAAUGGUGGUGAAAAUACGUACUAAUACACGUAACAUUCGAUAGUCAUAUGCUCAUAACUUCCGGUUCCGGCGGUCGCCAUAUAAGAGGCGAAGUUGUUUGUAGAUUGAGUUUAUAUGCACACUUAGGUUAUAUGUACGGAUUUUGUUGAUCAAAUACGUAAUAAUAACUGCAGUAUUUUAAUCGCAUUAUUAAAAUUUAAAAAUGGGUGAUAUAAAAUCUUUUUUCCAUCAAUGGUGCGGAAGAAAUAGCAAAGAACCGCAAUUUGAUGUCAGACCAACAGGGCCAAAACAUCGACAACGAUUCUUGUGCGAAUUACGUGUAUCUGGAUUUGAUUAUGUGGGUGCUGGAAAUUCAACUAAUAAGAAAGAUGCUCAAGGCAAUGCAGCCAGAGAUUAUGUUAAUUAUUUAGUUCGUACAGGACAUGUGAAUGUUAACGAUGUUCCAAAAGAUGCAGGAACUAUACAACCACACGAUACUGGACCUACUAAUCCAGAGCCUUAUGGACCAUCAAAAUCUGUGUUUCAAGACGGAAUGGGACCCAAUGAUAUAGGUCAAGCUUACAGAGCUUACAAUGAGCAUGGCCAAGGCAAUUAUACCUACAUGGAUAGAAUAGCAGACCAGAAAAAGGUUGAAGAUGCAGAAGAUGUUGAUGUUAAUUCUGGAAUACAUGGAAAUUGGACUAUUGAAAAUGCUAAAUCAAAACUUCAUCAAUUUAUGCAAUCUAACAAAAUUAACGCUGAUUACAAAUAUACCCCACUUGGCCCAGAUCAUACGAGGAGUUUCAUGGCUGAAAUGACGUUUUAUGUGAAACAGCUUGGAAGAAAUGUUACUGGCCGUGAAACUGGUUCAAAUAAGCAGACAGCUUCUAAGAGCUGUGCUCUGUCUCUUGUUCGACAAUUAUAUCAUCUUGGUGUUAUCGAAGCAUUUAGUGGUACUUUAAAGAAGAAUAAAGAUGCUGAACAAAUAAAGCCAUACCCAGUCAAGAUUUCACCAGAAGUGGAAAGCCAGAUUCACGAUGUUUUGUCAUGCUUAAAUGUAAAACCUGUUUCAGUGAAAAUUGAGUCAUCAGAGGUAAAGCAAGAAGAUAACCAACCUAUGUCUGCUGUAUCUUUACUAACUAAUCAAGUAUUGGAUGAUUUUAUUUCAUCCGUACCUCAACCUGCUGGAGUAGUAAGUUGGUCUCCACCGCAACAAAACUGGAAUCCUUGGACUGGCUGCAAUAUAGAUGAAGGACCGUUAGCAACAAUGACUUUAGAACAACUUUCAGAUGAUUUGCAACAUGAACAACGCGAAAGGCUCCAACAAGAUGACAAUUUACAAAAGAGCAUGAAAGACAGAUCUUCAUUACCUGUUUUCUCAAUGAAAAAUGAAAUAAUGAACGCUAUUCACGAAAAUCCUAUAAUUAUUAUUCGUGGUAAUACAGGAUGUGGUAAAACAACGCAAGUGUGUCAGUUUAUUUUGGAUGAUUAUAUUGCAUCAGGCCAAGGUGCAUUUUGCAGUGUUGCAAUUACACAGCCUAGAAGAAUAUCUGCUGUAUCUGUAGCCGAUCGAGUUGCUAUAGAAAGAUGUGAAACUUUAGGGCAAUCUGUUGGAUAUUCCGUACGAUUUGAAUCUUGUUUGCCAAGACCUUAUGGCAGUAUAAUGUUUUGCACUGUUGGUGUACUUUUGCGGAAACUGGAAGGCGGCUUGAGAGGCGUAUCUCACGUUAUAGUUGAUGAAAUUCACGAACGUGAUGUAAAUUCAGACUUCAUUAUGGUUGUUCUUCGCGACAUGAUUCAUAUGUAUCCAGAUUUGCGAAUCAUCCUAAUGUCUGCUACAAUUGACACAACUUUGUUCAGUAAAUAUUUUAAUAAUUGUCCAGUGAUAGAAAUACCUGGCAGAGCUUAUCCUGUUCAGCAAUAUUAUUUAGAAGAUUGCGUACAAUUAACGAAUUUCGUACCGCCUAUGGAUACCAAAAAACGUAAAAAUCGAGACUCUGAUGAUUUACCAACAGAUGGAGAACCAGAUGAAAAUUUGAAUAAAGUAGUUAGCAGUAAGUAUUCCAUACAAACGAAAAAUGCUAUGGCACAGCUUAGUGAGAAGGAAAUAAGUUUCGAAUUAAUUGAGGCUCUGUUGAAGUACAUCAAAGACCAAGGUAUUCCUGGUGCUGUGUUAAUUUUCUUACCUGGUUGGAAUUUAAUAUUUGCGUUAAUGAAACAUCUGCAACAACAUCCUAUUUACGGAGGAUCGGGUUAUGUAAUUAUACCCUUACAUUCUCAAUUACCUAGAGAAGACCAACGCAAAGUUUUCGAUCCAGUGUCACAGGGAAUUACAAAAAUUAUUCUAUCCACAAAUAUUGCUGAAACAUCGAUUACUAUUAACGAUGUAGUCUAUGUAAUAGAUUCCUGCAAAGCUAAAAUGAAGUUAUUCACUUCUCACAAUAAUAUGACGAAUUACGCUACAGUUUGGGCAAGUAAAACAAAUUUGGAACAGAGAAAGGGACGAGCAGGUCGCGUGAGACCUGGAUUUUGUUUUCAUUUAUGUUCUAAAGCACGUUUCAAUAAAAUGGACGAACAUAUGACACCAGAAAUGUUUAGGACACCUUUACAUGAGUUAGCGUUAAGCAUUAAGUUAUUACGAUUAGGUAGUAUCGGGAAAUUCUUGUCAAAAGCGAUUGAACCACCACCAAUAGAUGCUGUAAUAGAAGCGGAGGUGAUUUUACGUGAAAUGAAAUGUUUAGACGAAAACGAUGAACUAACACCACUUGGUAAAAUAUUAGCCCGUUUACCUAUAGAACCACGUUUAGGAAAAAUGAUGAUUCUGGGCUGUAUUUUUCGUGUGGGCGAUGCUCUAUCUACGAUGGCAGCGAACAGUACAACGUUUCCAGAAGUAUAUAACAUGGGUCCUGAUACCAAACGAUUGACUACUCAACAGAAGUGGUUCGCUGGUGCAAGAUAUAGUGACCACGUGGCGAUGUUACAUGCAUUCCAAGCUUGGGAAGAAGCUAGGGCUGGUGGAGAAUAUGCAGAGCAAGCAUUCUGUGAUUCAAAAAAUUUGAGUGUGCCUACAUUGAGGGUCACAUGGGAAGCUAAGAAUCAGUUACAAGCACUUCUACAAAGUGCCGGUUUUCCAGAGGAAACUUUAUGUCCCACACCAUUAAAUUAUCAAGCUGGUGCCGAUGUACGCCUCGACACUGUUACAGCUUUAUUAUGCAUGGGUCUUUAUCCAAAUGUUUGUUAUCACAAAGAAAAAAGAAAGGUUCUCACUACUGAAUCUAAAGCAGCUUUGAUCCAUAAAACAUCAGUAAAUUGUAGCAAUUUCGAGCAAAACUUUCCAUUUCCAUUUUUUGUAUUUGGAGAAAAGAUUCGUACAAGAGCAGUCUCUUGUAAGCAGCUAACUAUGGUAUCACCAAUUCACUUGUUAUUAUUCGGUUCCCGAAAAGUUGAGUAUGUCGACGGCGUAGUAAAACUUGAUAAUUGGAUUAAUUUAGAAAUGAAUCCAAAUCAUGCAGCUGCGAUAGUUGCAUUGCGACCUGCAUUGGAAAGUCUCGUUGUGAAAGCUGCAAAAGAACCGGAGACUAUUUUAGAACUAACUUCUAACGAAGAAAAAGUACUCAGUUUAAUUAAGACAUUAUGUGGGAUGAAUGCGUGUCGUUAUGAACUCGAUCAGAUUACGGGAGGUGGGUUCCAAUCGCGAAGGCCACCAAGAGGGCACUCAAUCGGUUUUCAUCCGGACGCUAAUCCUACGAAAAUAAUGCGAGGAAGAGGUGGUUUCCGCGGAUCUCCUCGCUUUGGCAAUGGAGGUGGUGGUGGAAACUUUGGCACUGAAGGUGUCUACGGCAAUGGCGGCGGCGGUGGCGGUUUCCCAAGAAAUAAUAAUUUCGGAGGUUUUCGAGGUGGUGCUACUCGAGGCUAUGGAACCUUCAAUUCUCGAGGAAGAGACGGUGGAAACUGGGGCGGAAGAGGUGGCUUCCGCGGCCGUUAUUAACCACAGGGUUGAAUAACCCUUCGCUUAAGGCUAGUAAAAAUUGACUGCAACAUGUAAUCGAUGUAUUAAAUAUAAAUAUAUAUCGGUUUUCAUUUAGGUAAAUCAGUAGUUGCUCCAUUAGCGUUUUUGUUUUUGAUAUUUGGAUGAAACUGCAAGACAUAUGGAAUAUUUUUACGUAAAGAGAGAUUUCUCUUGAUACAUAGUGUGUUUUAGUAUCGAUUUGAAUAUGCGAAAAUUUACUUAGUUUAGUUGAAUGUUUAUACUCAGGACACACAUUGGAAACCAGGAAUAUGGAGAGUUAAUUUACAAGUGGAAAUGAAAAUUCUUAUAUCUUUUGCGAUAUAUUUGUGUUCCCUUUGAAUGUAUUGUACAUUUAUACCGUGAUCAAACUAAUUUCUAUUAACCAAACAUUAUGUGUCCAUUGACGGUAUUACUCUGUAUAUCUGUUACAGAAACUAAUUUUUAAUGUUUAAUGAUUUAUCCCCUUAUUGUGUUUAAUUAUUACAUGUAUUAGUCAGGUAAACAAAAUUAAGAGUUCUCCUUUGUAUCUAAAGAUGAUUACAUACUAUGGGAGUGAAUAUUGUACCAUCCUAAUACUUAUCUAUGCUUUACCUUUAAGGUAUUACAUUUCUAAAAUUACAUGUUUUUUUAAGUAAAAUAUGAACUGUAUUAUUCCUAUAAAUAAUAGUACAAAUAAAGCUUUACAUAUUAUAGAA